AUUUUAUAGUCUGUCUCGGUUAAUCUUACGUUUCAAGGUAGUGACAUCAUGCUACCUGUUUUAGGGUUAUUCAUUUUAGUGUCGAGGAUAUGUCCGGGUGAUGCGGAGAGCGACAACUACGUUCAAGAACGAAUAUCAUUAAGCAAUCCAUCUUACGUGGAACAGCAACUCCAUGAUUUACAGACCCAAGUACAGGAUCUUAAGACAAAGAUUGAAAACCAUGUACUAUUUACAAGGUGGGGUCGCAGUGAUUGUCCAAAGGAUAUUUCAACCCUGGUGUAUGCAGGUUAUGUGGGUGGAUCCCUGUAUUCAAUGAAAGGAUCUGCUGCUGAAUAUGUCUGCCUUCCCUCAGAUCCCACAUGGGGACCUUUUAAGUACUACGAGCAUGGCAAUGUCGGCUAUAUGUAUGGUGCCGAAUACCAGCGUCCGCCUGUCGUGUUUGGUGUAGAGGACGCAGACGCGCCCUGUGCCGUGUGCGAUGGAACUCCCUAUUCAAUGGUUCUUAUGAUUCCAGGUCGGGUCAACUGUUACCCUGACUGGGUGGAGGCGUACCACGGUAGCCUGGCAUCAGGAAAUCCCAGACAUAAAGCAGCUAGUGAACAUGUGUGUGUGGAUGAGGUACCGCAGACGGUGCCGGGAGGCGACGCUAACAAUGACGGGAAACUGUUUUACGGAGUUAAAACAGUGUGUGGAUCUCUGCCUUGUCCGCCGUACGAAAAUGAUAAGUUUUUAUCUUGUGUGGUCUGCAUGAAAUAACCAAGAACCGUGAACCCUUAAGUGUAUUCUUGACGAGGAGUAUUUCCCCGUUACAUUUCGAUCAAAAUGUUAACAAUGUAAGAGAUUACAGGAACAAAUCACAUUGAAAGGUAAACACUUAAAUACUGUUCUAACAAGAGUGACUACUAUAUAUAUACAAUGUACAUGGGGCAAAGAAGUAAUUCCAACAGUG